AUGUCCGUCGAACCCCUGUCGGGCACCCCAACAGUCCCUUCUGCACCGCGGAACCGAUGGGUGAACAAGCUAGCCUCGCGCUUUCACAACCGGAACAAGAACAUCUCAGAGUUUUAUGUCCAGCCCGAUGACCCGUGGAGGGCGUAUUUCCCCGGAGAUGCUAUCAAGGGCACGGUGGUUCUCACUGUCAUUAAGCCAGUGCGGGUAACGCAUCUGGUUGUCUGUCUGCACGGCUACGUCAAAGUGUUCAAGGUGACGGUCGCGCCGGGAGAUAUCAACCCGGAGAUUGGAUUUCUGGGCCCUGGCCGCGGGAGGAGAGCCGGUGAGUACAUGGGAAACGGCCUCGCAACUCUUUUCGAAGAUGAGGUGGUUCUCUGCGGAGAUGGACGCCUCAAAGAAGGUAUAUACAAGUUCAAGUUUGAAUUGGAGCUUCCUCCAUACACUCUCCCAAGCAGUUUGAAUUUCGAGCGUGGGACUAUCUCGUACAUAAUUACGGCGACUUUGACUCGCCCUAUCACAAUUAGCCCGACCAUUUCCUGCCAUCGUCGGAUUACUGUCCUGGAGGACAUCAACAUUGCGCCUUUUCCCGCACCAAAACCCAGGGUGGUAUCAUUAGAGCCGGUCUCAAAGAAGUCCAAAGUCCGAAUUAAACAAAAGGCCCCCUUAGGCGACCAAAGUCAAGAGACGGCCUCGAACACGCUGGGCGUGCAGGAAACAACGCUCCCCUUGAGUCCCGCACCGAGUGAAAUCAGUGGCUCUAGUCGCCGAAGCACAAGCAGCCAGAGUUUCAAAGCUGUGAGUGAUUCGCACAGAACUGCUAGCGUGCGAAGCGGUGAAGCGCGCAGGGCCUUGCCUGGAGACACUAUUCCGCUCAGAGUCAUGAUCAGUCACAAUCGCCAAAUCCGCAGUCCUCAUGGCAUUAUCAUCACGCUCUAUCGACAAGGUCGCAUUGACGUACACCCUGCCAUACCGCUUGGCCCUUCAGAUGCCGGCGGCAAGAGGGUGUAUGAAGACUUUGUCCCAAAGUCAAGAACAGGACUAAGCGGUCUUUCCCUAGGGACAAGCAAGAAUAGCAGUGUUUUUCGCAAGGACCUUUUUCAAACGUUCUCCCCAUUAAUCAUUGAUCCUCGCACAAUGACGGCAACAAUCAAAAAUUCAAUUCGAAUACCAGAAGAUACGUUUCCCACGAUUACUCGCGUCCCGGGAGCAAUGAUCAGCUUCAGGUAUUAUGUCGAGAUAGUAAUCGAUCUUCGUGGCAAGGUAACUGCUCAAGAUCGAUUUCCUUGGUUGAACAUGGUGUCUUCUGGUCCAAUCGGCAGUCACAUGGUCGCUCCCCCAGGUCUAAAUAGUGGCACAACAGCGGGAAAUUUGACUGGACAUGUCCUGGACACUGAUCCAAUUCGCCGAGAAAAGGGCGUUGUGGCCAUGGUUUUCGAAGUUGUCGUUGGAACUAGGGAUUCUAGUCGACGACUACGACCAAAUCCGGAAGAAAAUGUAUCAGUUGCUGACACUGCGAAUAAUUCACAUUCCGCUACCUAUGAUGCGUCAGAUAAUUAUGCUGAGCAAGCUGAUGGAGACGUCGAUGAAGAAGGCCACUACGAUGGCGAAGAGUAUUAUCAAGAAGACGGUUAUUAUGACCACGAAGACCCAGGCUGGUCCGACUACCCUCCAAAUGACCAACAUUAUGAGUCGUUGGAAGAGCCCCUGCAACCACCGGACACACAAGAACCGGAAGACGAGAAGUCGCGGCUGCGGCGAGCGGAAGAGUUGCUACUACCUAGUCAGCCACCGCUUGAGGAGGUAGGAGCUGGUUCUUCUACAGUAGCACCUGCACCCACAGCGCCCGAUAUCGCCGAAGACGAUUAUUCGUACGUUCACCUCGCACCCAGCGAUAGGACUGUCGGAGCUGCAGCCCUGUCAUCUGCUAUGUCUGUUGAUACUAUUGUUCCUGGCCCUAGUCAAAACGAAGAACCAAGUUUUCCGGGUCCAGACCAGUCAGAUGAUAAGCAAGAACUUGAGAGGCGCCGACUAAUGCUGGAGGCAAGUGUUCCGGUGCCGACCCAAAAUGGUGACACCCAGGUUGAUGAUGGUUCCAACCCUCUCCCGUCAGCGCCAAUUCUAGAAGAAGAGGAUCAGCUAAGCAACCUGCACGACGAGACCGACGAAUCUCUGCCUUUAUAUCAACGCUGA